UAUUUAUUGUACAUUUUCUAAUUAAGUUAAUUAUAUAAUGUAGAUAAAUAUUAUUUCAGUAUUUAAAAUGGAACAGUUUGAUUCUCCACGUCAAAAUCUUCAGCCUAGGAAAUCCAUUGCCGCCUAUGCUACACCUGCUCCUCCCUCUAGAUCAAGCAGAGUGGGAGAUCAAGAAGUAUCUCCGCCUGGAACGAUAACUGAAUCAACCCUCCUGGAUAAGAAUACUCCGAAUCAAUCAGAAACUCCCAACUUCAGUAAUAUCUCUAGUCCAGGAUACGGGGGUUCACCAAAUCUCUCUAGGAACAAGAGUAAGAUGGAGUCCGCGUCCAAAUCUAAACUAUCAUCUCCAGACAAAGAUAAACAAAAUCCUAGUUCUAAGCUCAACAAAUCCAAAACAAAGGAGACCAGAAGCAAAACUUUAGUAUCUAAUAGCGCAGGUGAUUCUCAAGAGUCUGAUGUUGAUCAGCCGUCUGGAAAAACUAGAUUUGUCGGGGACAGUAUUAACAGGAGCCGAAGUAUGAGCCGGAGUGCUGGGCACACAAACAUAAAAUCUAGGAGACCUACUUCUACGGAGCCUACUCCAUUACCGGAAAAGAGUUCCCUUUCAUCAGUUUGGGUCAUUGCACUAUUAUUAGCAGCUAUAGUAGUAGUUGCAGCAGUUGUUUUAAAUCAGCAGAACACAAGGUCUGCUGAGGAUUGGGAAACUCAUAAAAAAAGUUUCCGACAUGAAUUGCAGAUGAUCAGACAUCAGUUCCCUGGUCAAACCUCGGAAUCCUUCAAGCAUGCAUUCAUAGCCCUCAGCACCGGCAUGCAGAAAGCUCCUGAUCGUCCUGGAGUACUUGUACUUCUCUCUAGUCCCGGAGAAGGACGGAUUGUAUCCUGUCUGAUGGAAAACCUACUCCGAACUUCAGCUCCCUACUUUAGAGAUUCUAACACCAUUAUUGAAGAGAUGAUGAUCAACGGUAGUCUUAUAACUAAUAGUGAGCAGUUUCACAAUCUGCUGCAAGAGAAGAUGUCUAAACAUGGUGUAGUUGGUGUCCAGGGUUUAGAGAAAAUCAGCGGAAAAGCAGCAAUUGCUCUUCAUGCAUUCGCAGACGAUAGCAAUGCCCCGUAUAAGCACGGGUUCCUGUUACUAAGUCUUGAAGGAACUGGGUUCCAGGAACCAUGUUUACCCUCCAGAAAAGCCGAGGAACUGCUCUCAGAAUACUGGAAUGAUCUAGAAGAGGAUAAGAUCCCUCCGCUGAUAACCAGGGUUACAGCAGAUGUGAUAGAGGUGAACCCUGAAACCCCGGAAACUAUUCAGAACAUCUGUUCUCAUCUCCAGGAUUAACCAGGAUCUUCCAGGAUUUUAAGUAUCGCUGGACCCUGAGAUUUAAGUGUACAUACAUUUCCCGGAUUUAAAGUAUUAUUGAAUCAACUAAUUAAAUUCAAGCUUUCGUAAAUUUCCCAGAUCUUGAGUUUACGGUAGAUUCCCAGAUUUCAAGAAUUCGAGCAAAAAAAGUUUCCAGAAUUUCUUAAUUUUUAUUAAAGCAUUAGUUCCCAUCGUUACGUUUUUUAUUGCUUGAUAAUUUCUUUAUUUAGCUGAUUGUUCUGAUUUUAAAGCAAUUUANCCCCCCCUUCUAAUAGAAUCAAUAAAUCUUCGUUAAUCAAAAAAAUAUAUAUAUUCAUACUUUUAAAAUUGUGUCUACUUUACUCAUGCGCAGAACACGUUCUCAAGUUUAGCGCUUAGUCAUCAGUUGUGAUAAUGUUCUCAACAGAAGAACAUGUGAUAAACUAAUUGUAAAUUUAAAGUAUAUUUUUUUCAGA